AUGUGGAGGAUGUUUACGCUCAACGGCAAUUAUAAGUGGAUUGACCUGUUACCGGAUCUCGUGUCGAAUUACAAUACUCGGAAACACCGAACGAUCGGUCUGGCGAAAUUUAAAGUCGGUGACUCUGUACGCGUGAGUAAAUUCAAGACGAUCUUUGAAAAGGGUUACACGCCGAAUUGGAGAACCGAGGUGUUUAAAAUUAUUAAAGUACAACGUACCAAUCCCGUAACUUAUCUACUCGAGGAUUAUCGUGGAACAUCUAUAGCUGGAGCGUUCUACGAGCACGAGUUGCGUCGCGCAACUCACCCUGACGUAUUUCUCGUGGAGAAAGUAUUGCACAGGAAGGGAGACAAGGUCUAUGUAAAGUGGUUGGGAUUCGAUGGAUCGCACAAUUCGUGGAUACACAAAGACAAUGUUAUUUAA